UUAGGUUCAUCGUUUCAAGUUUCCAGUCAUACAAUACCCAGUUGCUUUGGAAAUUUUCACUGAAAAAGAAAAAUUCGCGGUGAAGCCUCCAUAUUUGGUUACCAUGACUGAAGUGAAUAUGAGGCAAAACUGGCAACUAAAACACAAUAUGCCAGAAAACGUUAAGAAAAUGAAGGAUUUUUUAGAGCCACUGCUUAACACUUCAGUGUAUAAUCCUUUAGGUCUCAACAUAAGUAUAAGGGGCUCUGAGCUGUUUCACUUCAAGGUGUCUGUGGUGCCUGGGGUCAGCUUUUGUAACUUAGAAGAAGAAUUUCAGAUUUAUGUCGAUGAAGUACCGUUGCCUUUUCCAGGACAUAUGCUAAUUGCUGUUGCAACAUCUGUAGUUCUAGGGGGAUUAAUUUUUGUAGCAUUUAUAUUCCAAAUGCAUAACAUCCACCUAUGGAGAGCAUUCUGUAGAUACCUUAAAGAGAGACUGCAAACCCAUCAACUAUAAGUAUCAGCUCAGAAGGGAAAGUCUAGAUAGUGAACAAAUGAUAAUUAUAUCUAUUUCCUAGUUCUACUAAACAUGUCCAUACAAUAUAUUUAUAUUUUAUAAAUGCACAUUAGGCACAAUGCUAUUGAGUUAUACUAUUAUAAUUCUAGUUGCUGUUAAUCAGUAGUUCCAAUUUCCAUUUUCUUAUUUUUAAUACAUAGAAAAUUACUUUAGCACUUACAUGGUUUUCUUUUUUUUUUAGAUUGUUUUGGAAAAUAUAAAAUGAUAAUCAAUUUUCUGUGCGAUGGGUUUUCUUCCUUAUUCAGCUCAUAUGGUCUAGAGUUCAUUUUGUAGGGCCAGGUUCUAGAUAGAAUAGUGGUACAAUGAGGGUACCAUUACACCGCGGGAGUUAGACAUAGAGAGACUAAUCAGUGGAUGUUUUCAGAGCCUUGUAGGAAAUAAAAAAGAAGAAGUCAUUUUGGUUUUUUAAAGAAGGCCAAAUGGUUUGUGGUACCUAAUAAGAGGGGACGAUGACUCCAUCAUGGAGUACUCAAAGAAUAUAGUGGUUGAGCCGGGUGUUAGUUUCAAACAUGCAGUGAACAGAACUCCAAAGGAUAUGCUUCUGUGUGCUUCUGGUUCUGUGUGCUUCUGGUUCUGUGUGCUUCUGGUGAACUUGUCCCCAGGAUCCAGAAAGUGAUGGCUACACCCAGGUAUCAGGCCUGGCACACAUGGCAGAGGUUUGUGAGGGAGGACAGUGCUAUGGGUUCAUUUGGGCAUGGAGGAGGAACAGGGCGAACUACUCAGAAAUGGCCAGCCCCUCAGGAACUGUAGAGUUUAAGUUCAGGAGCAUUCCCUUGUUUUAUAAUCACCUCUCACUAAGCAAAAUAAGAUUACCAUGAAUGAGAAGAGGUCUCAGAGCCCCAAGAGUCAUGGGCACUUAGUAGGAAGAGAAGCUUAAGGAGUCUUGGGGCUGGAGUGAUGGUUCAGUGCCUUAGAGCACUUGUUGCUCUUGCGGAGGGUGUGGGUUGAAUUUCAGCACCCGUGUGGUAGCUCACAAUCAUCUGGUUCUUCUCUGUUCUAAGCAUACAUAACUGCUUGCCUCAGCUAUGUUUUCUCAUCACUGUGACCGGAUAGCUGACAUAAAGAAAGGAAGAAAAACUUCCUGGGGCUCACAGCUCCCUAGAGUAGUCGAGCAUGUUAGGAAAAACAUGGUAGUGAAAUGAGCUCCUCUCCAUGUUGGCUGGAGAAUAAAGCAGCUGGUCCUAUCAACAGAUGUGUAACAGAAAGUUAACCACAAGUGCGGUCUAUCUAUAACCUGAUACUGUGUCCACCAUCUGUGCCCUGUGUCCAAACAUUUCCUCUGCUCCCAAAACAAUGCCAGCAGCUGGAGACCAGGUUAUCAACUAGAGGCCUGUGAGUGACCUUCAAAACACAAUCCAAAUCAUCACUAAGUAAUUGAAUAGCCCCAUUUGGUCUGAACUAUGCUAUGUUUUUUAUCUCUUUUGCUAACAUGCUCAUUUGCAUUGGACAAUCACGUGGAACCAUCCUGCUACUGGAUACAUACCAUGUUUUGAGAUAUUCCCAGAAUCCAUCAUGGUAAGUUUAUUUAAUUUUCCCUCACCUGUAUGGUCACAUAACACAUGGAAUCCCAGCAAUCAAGAGGCUAAAGCAGGAAGAUUUGGUGACAGCCUGGACUAUACAAUAAGCCCCUGUCUCAAAACAAAACAAAAAAAAAAAAAAAAAAAAGAAAAGAAAAAAGAAAAAAGUUGUUAUUUUUUGAACUUUUCCCUGACCUAGUUUUUCUUAUUUCUUUUUAUAUAUUCUGGUACCUGUCAUUGAACACUCUCAGAAUCUAAUGCCAUCACUAUUUUCCUC